UCCGCGCCUCCUCGCUGCUCUGCAAGCUCUUCGCUGCACCCGGCGCCCGCCGCCCCGUACCCGCCGCCCCGGCCCGGCCCGGCCUGGCCAGGCUGGGCGCUGUCCACCUGAGGGAGCCCGCGUCCUGUGCCCGCCCGAUCCCCUGCCCGCCCCGCGAGCCAGGCACCUGUGCCAGGAGUCCUGCUGAAUCAACUGAGAAGGAAUCUGCAGAGCAAGCACCAUGAGUAUCUCAGCUCUUGGAGGCAGCACCAAAGGGAAACUGCUACCAGGUGAGGAGGAACGCAAUAAUGUCCUCAAGCAGAUGAAGGUUCGAACCACGCUGAAGGGGGACAAGAGCUGGAUCACCAAGCAGGAUGAAUCCGAGGGCCACACCCUAGAGCUGCCUCCUGGUCGGAGUCGAGCCACAUCCUUUUCAUCAGCUGGGGAAGUCCCGAAGACCAGGCCUCCAAGCACAAAGGCUCCCACUGGCUAUAUCAUCCGGGGAGUGUUCACCAAACCCAUAGACAGCUCAUGUCAGCCACAUCGGCAGUUCCCCAAGGCCAACGGAGCUCCAAAAAGUGCUGCUGGUCUGCUGAGAGCAGCUCCCACUGGGCCUCCUCGGCCCUCCUCCUCUGGCUAUAAGAUGACUACCGAGGAUUACAAGAAGCUGGCACCCUACAAUGUCAGGCGCAGCUCAGCAUCAGGGGAUGCAGAAGAGGAGGAGGUUCGCUUCUCAUCUGAUGAGCAGAAACGGAGGUCAGAGGCUGCAAGCAGUGUGGUGAGGAAGACAGCUCCUCGGGAGCACUCCUAUGUUCUGUCAGCAGCCAAGAAGAGCACCAGCAGCCCUGCCCAGGAGAUGCAGGCCCCAUUCAUUGCAAAGAGGAUUGAGGUGGUGGAUGAGGACAGGCCUUCUGAGAAGAGCCAGAACCCACCUGCUCUAGCAAGAUCUUCUCCUGGCUCAAGCAGUACAAGAGAUGAGGAGGCUGUCCACCUGCAGAUCAUGACACCUGGGGCAGGACUCCGCCUGAUGACCCCAGACCUGGAAGGAAUGAGGUCUUCCCUGGGCUUCAAAGACAAGGAGGACCCUAGCCCUAGAGAGGCCAAGAGAGACUUGGCUGCGGAGGAGGCCUGCAAGAGCCCCAGUCCAGACCCUGAAAGGUCAAGUGAUGGUAAUGUGGGAUCCAGAGCUUCCCUGGAAGCUGAAGGCUUCCUUCCUGAAGGCUCGACUGAAGCAGACAUUGACUCUGGGAGAGGAGGCUCCAGCACUACUUUGCCAUCUGCUGGACCAGUUGACCAGAAGAGUGACAGUCCAACAGACCUGGAGGACAAGGAGGCACACCUGAAGGGCACCUUGGCUGGUUCUGAAGAAAAAAAUGUGGCUGCCAAGGUAGAGGAGACCUGGCAGGAGAGGCCCACAGUCCUGAGAGGUGGCCCUGGGGACCCAGCUGCACCCUCCCAGCAGCCUGCAGCCGCCCGGACCCCAGAGCAGCCGAGGAGUCCCAGAAUAUCAGAGCAGCUUGUGGAACUGGACAGCCAGGCCAGCAGGGUGAAAAACCCCUUGAGCUGUAUGGUCACUGUUACCGUUACUCCCUCUACUGAGCAACCUCAUGUUUACAUCCCAGCUUCCCCAAGUGAAUUGGACUCCAUUUCAACCAGCAAAGGGAUUCUUUUCAUGAAGGAAUGCAUGAAUGCAAGUGAGAUAUCCUCUGGGAAGCCAGUGUCUUCAUGCAGCGUUAGAAGCAUUGAAGACUCAUGUGACAUGGAGAAUAAACCUGCAUGUGACAGCUCUCUGUAUUCUGAGAGAACAACUGGAGGGAUCUGCACUUACUGCAACCAGGAGAUCAGAGAUUGUCCAAAGAUUACCCUAGAGCAUCUUGGCGUCUGCUGCCAUGAUUAUUGCUUUAAGUGUGGGAUUUGCAGUAAGCCAAUGGGUGAGCUCCUGGAUCAGAUCUUCAUUCACCAUGACACCAUCCAUUGUGGAAAAUGCUAUGAGAAGCUCUUCUAGCUCUUCCAGGCUAAGAAGAAGCUGAUGACUCCUGGACAAGUUUGGCUGUCCUCAGUUGCCCCAAGUUGCUAGCUCCUCUUUCCUCACUUUCUCCCUUCCUAUUUGAUUUCUUCAGACUUUUGUCCUUUUCAAAUUGAACUGGUUACAUCCAGUACAGUAUCUAAAUGAUGACAAUAACUUGUGCGUAUAGCUUUUUAUAGCUUAGAAAGCACUUUACAUAAGUGAUCUUAUUUCAGCCUCAAGGAAAAAAGAUUGAACAAGAAUUCCAUCUCGGCUUUCCUAAGAUACCUUGGCUUCCUGAUGAGUUUAGGUGGUCUGGUACAAUAGGCAGGAGCAUGAGUUUCAGUGUAUCCUGACUUUUGGGACAGAGAGCAACCCCACAAUCUAGGUCACAGCUCUAAGUGUACCUUUGGAGCUUUAAAUCAAGAGGGUCCCCUGAAGCUUCUGAGGCAUCAGGUGGGUAAAUCUCUGAUGGGUAAAUUGCACACAUUGAAUGCUAGGGAUUGGCAUAGGCUAAUAUUUAGCUUGUCUAUUGUAAUUGUCAUAUAUGUGUGUGCGUGUGUGUGUGUGUGUACAUAUAUAUAAAUGUAUGAAUACAUAUAUUCAUACAUUUAUAUAUUUAAAUUUCCAUACACAUUUAAAAGUAGUUAAUUGCUUUUAUUGAGUUAUAUAGCAGAUUUUAACUAUCUUCUUCUUCCCACUUUUCCCUCUAAUUGAGGAUUUUUUUUCCUGCAAGCAAAUGGGCAUGCAUUAGAAAGUCUACACAGAUAAGGUUGCAUUCCAUGGGAUGUGAUUCUUAAGAGACCACUGACCAAAGGAACAUCUGUGUCUGAAUCUUGAUGGCUGAUUAAUACCUUUGCCCUCAAUUCCAAUAUUACACAGAAGUCUUCAAAAGUAGGUCUUAGGGUAUAUAGACUCCAGCAGGAUUAAAAAGGGAGAAAAACAGUUAACAUUUCUCAAGGCCUUACUAUAUAUUAGGCGUUAUCAUAAAGUUAUGGCAUUAAUCCCAGACUAAUCCUAUGCAGAGGUUAUUCUUGUCCCCAAUUUACAUAUGGUAAUAUUGAGGCUCAGAAGGUGGUCACUGCAUUGUGUGGAACCAUUUCUGUCUCUCUUCAGAAACCAUGUUUUCAGUAACAGUAACCACAAUACCAAGCAUUGAUUUAGUGUUGUGUGUCAAGGACUGUGCAGAGGUUACCUCAUUUUACCAAGUAACAGUGCCCUCUGUAGGCCUCCCCUGAGGCGUACUCUUACAAAGAGAGGAAAGUAUGAAAUCAUGUUCUUCCUCUGGGCAUCCUAGGUCUCCCACAAAAAUCAAACUACCCUCCUUCCCUCUCCCCCCCCUUUCUAUGAAAACAAUUUUGAACUGAGAUACUCUUCCAAACUCAGAUUUCUCUCCUGGGUAGAGAUUUGACUCACAGACCUUCUCAAAGAAGAGCUUGUCAACCUACGGAAGGCCCUAGUAAGCUACCCAAUCUGAGCUAGCCAAGAUAGCAACAACUACUGGAGUUCCAAGUACUUGAAACAGAGAAACCUGUUGGCUGUCUAACCGAUUGCAGGCCCAUCCAUGCAGUCAGCUAAUACUCUACUAAGGUUAAGCUCAUAUGCCUUUGGGACCAAUAUCACUGCAUAAGGUCCUUGAAAGGAAGGACAACCUGAAAGUUUUUCUGAUGAAAACUGAGGGUAUCUUUCCUUGAUUUAAUUAGAAAACGUCUCCAUCUCUCUCCAGUUUCUGACUCCUACGCACAUUGGCUGGUGGACUUGUCUUCCCACCAGUUCAUCAGAGAGGAACAUUCCAUUUAUUUACAUAGAUGUGCAUCAGAUUUGCUCUGAAGGGGAAAAUUGGUAUAAUAUUGGUCAUGUACCAACACGAAAUAUGAGCCAGUAUUCCCCAAGUAUGGUCCACAGCGUGGGGUUUGGCACAUGAUAGAUACUGACACAUAGGUGCUGAAUGAAUGAAUAAAAGGGAAAGAAAGGCUGCUCCUUUGUGUGAGAGGUACCAACCCUGAGUCAGUAUAGGCCUAGUUAAUGGAGUACAGGAUAGAGAGAUCCAAGAUAGGCUGACUUCUCCACCUUUAAGAUACACUCUGCCUUUAGGAGAGUUUUAGAGUUAAUAUGCAAGAAAUUAAUAGAAAACUUGUAAGAUCAAUAUUGAUUUCUAUUCAAAACAGCCUCUUUCAUGUCUAAAAAGGCACAGAAUUCUGCAGACCUAAGAGAGGUGGUUGCAUUAUACUUUUGCUUCUUUUUAAUUGUCUAGUGCUUUUAAUCACGUUUGCUUAACCCAGAUUAAUGUAAUCAAUAUAAUAAAUGUUGAGAUAUUAUAUAUGUCAA